AUGGUCACCGAAAAGUCACAUAGUACCUCUGCGCCUGGUCCGAAGGGUACCCGGAAACCAAAAUCGUAUAUCGAAAGCCAUUCGCCCUCAACCUACAAACAACACCAUGGGGGCAGUCUCAGAAGCUACAUAAGAGGUGCUCUGGGCUUCUUACUCAUCCUCCAUGGACAAACCACGAGCGUGGCAGCUCAAAGCCUGAACUCAACUCUCGUGCCUACAACACUGGUCUCGAAAGCUCCUAUCGUGAGUCCCGCUUCGAAGCCGCCUCCGGCUGUUGCUCCUACGUCGAAACCUCCUCUGGCUGUCAGCCAUACAUCGAUCCCUUCUUCCGUACCUGUACCCCCUAGCUCUACGAUGAAGGGCACUUCGCAUCCGACUUCGACCCCACCAAACCCGACCCCUAUACCGAUCGUCAUCACCAACAGCUGCCCAGAUACAAUAUGGCCCGGGAUCGGUACGCAGCAUGGUAUCGGGCCUGGAGUUGGCGGGUUCGAACUUGCUCCUGGCGAAACGAGGCCACUGUUUGUGAGCCCCGACUGGCAAGGCAGGGUAUGGGGACGGACCAAUUGCUCGUUCAACGACGAGGGAACGGGGCCAAGCAACCUCAACGGUGUGAAUGGGAAUGGCGCGGCGUGCAUGACGGGAGACUGCUUUGGCAGACUUGACUGCGAGUUUACGGGCCAGGUUCCAGUAACGCUCGCCGAGUUCAACCUAAUCGGUGGUAUGAAUUCCGACCAGACCUUCUACGACAUCUCUCUUGUUGACGGUUACAAUAUACCUAUCGGAAUCAUCUACAUCCCCGCCGCCAACACAACCUGGAUCCCUCCCAACCUGACCAACUGCGUGUGCAUCGCAUCCGCCGGCUUCCUCGACCCGCCCUCUAGGUCAGGGUUCUACUACACAAACAAGACCUUCCCCAUGCCUGGGAACCGGACCAAACCAACCCCACCAUCGGCGGUUGGUGUCCCUGGGACCUACAAGUAUACCCGCCCUCCAAACCGGGAGACGGCAUCUAUCCGUACCCAGACGACUCAAUCCAACGCCCCGUAUUCGAUCCGUGCCUGUCGGCCUGUGCGGCGACGGGGAACCCCGAAGAUUGCUGCACGGGCAAGUACGACGACCCCUCCGUGUGCAUCCCGAGUCUGUACAGCGAGAACGCAAAGACAGUUUGUCCGGACGCGUACAGUUAUGCGUUUGACGAUCAGACCAGCACGUUCAUCAUUCCCAAUGGAGGCGGGUGGGAGGUGGUGUUUUGUCCAAGGGGCAGGAGCACGAAUAUUCUGA